AUGAUUAAAAAGUUAAUUUAUACAUUUUCAACUAUUUCUAAUCCUUACAAAGUUUUGGGUAUAAACAAGGGAGCCUCACUAUAAGAAAUAAAAUAAGCUUAUUAUAAAUUGGCUUAGCUUUAUCAUCCAGAUAAAAACUCUGCUAAAGAUGCUGGUAAAAUGUUUACUCAAGUAAAUAAUGCUUAUGAGAUUCUAUCUGAUGAAGUAAUACUAUCUAAUAGCAUAGAGCAAAAGAAAAAUGUAUGAUACAUGUGGGGUUUAAGAUGAUAAUAAUGAUGAAUAAGAUUUUGAAGAUGAAUUGAGAGGCAAUGCAAAUAGUUAUUAAUAAAAAGCAAGGAGAAAAUAAUCUAAGGGCAAAUAUUAUUCGAAAUUUCAUUAAGCAGAAUAUGAAACUAUUUUCAGUGAAUUUGAUCAAUUUUUCUAAUAAAAACAUGGUAAAAAGAAAGCAUACUAUGCAAAGAAAAAAGGAGAUGAUAUAAAAUUAGAUUUGAAAUUGAGCUUUAAAGAUUCAGUUUUUGGUGGAAAACAUAAAUUAUCAUAUAGUAGAUAAAAAACAUGUGAUACUUGUAAGGGAAGUAGAUGUGCUCCAGGAAAAUCAGCUUAAAAGUGCUUUUCUUGUGGUGGAUCAGGAUGGUUGUUUUAUGUAGAUGGAGGAAGUUCAAUGGAAGUAAAAUGUAAUAAUUGUGAUGGAUGGGGAAAGGUAGUUAGAGAUCCUUGUCAUACAUGUUAGGGAAGUGGAAUAGUUGAAAAAGAAUUUGAUAUUGAAAUAGAAUUACCAAAAGGAAUUUAAAAUGGAACUAUAAUUAGAUAGUCAAGAUAUGGUCAUGCAGUAUAUACAUUUGUUAAUAGUAGAGUUAAUAUUCAGGAGAACCAGGAGAUUUGUUGAUUGAAGUUGAAGUAGAAGAAGACAACACUUUAAGAAGAGAUGGAAAUAAUAUAAUAAGUGAAUUAGAGUUAAGUGUAAGUGAGAUGGUAUUGGGAUGUAAAAAACAGAUUCAAACUAUAUGGGGUGCAUUAGAGGUUUGAAAUAAAUAAAUACAUUAGAUUUCUAUUCCAGGAGCUUAAUAGCCUAGGACAAAGUUAUAAAUACCGCAGUAUGGAAUUCAAUAUGGGCAAUCUUAAUGGAAGAAGGGAGAUCAUAUAGUAAUUCUGAACUUAGAGAUUCCAUAGCAACUGAAUGAGAGAACAAAACAAUUAUAUUAUGAACUUUUAAAGCAAUUAUGAU